AUGACUGACUUGCAAUGUUACGCUUGCAGUUUCGACGCGGUGGUUCACUUCGCGGGGUUGAAGGCCGUGGGAGAGAGCGUCAAGUUCCCGCUCAAGUACUACCAGAACAACGUCACCGGCACGCUCAACCUGCUGGAAGUCAUGAGCGACCACGGCUGCAAGAAGAUCGUGUUCUCUUCAUCAGCCACGGUGUAUGGCCAGCCAAAGCAGGUUCCGUGCACGGAGAACGACGAGUUGCAGACGCUGAACCCGUACGGCAGAUCCAAGCUGUACAUCGAGCGAGUGCUGGAGGACGUGUACGCGUCGGACGCCACGUGGAGCAUCGUGCUGCUGCGCUACUUCAACCCCGUGGGCGCGCACCCCAGCGGCCGCAUCGGGGAGGACCCGCGCGGCAUCCCCAACAACCUCAUGCCGUUCAUUCAGCAGGUGGCCGUGGGGCGGCGGACGCAUCUUUCCAUCUUUGGGAGCGACUAUCCUACGCGUGACGGCACAGGGGUGCGGGACUACAUCCACGUCAUGGACCUUGCUGCAGGCCAUGCAGCAGCACUGAGGCGAAUAUUCAUGUGCCAGGCUGGAGGUUGUGAUGUGUACAACCUCGGCACAGGCAAGGGCACCACAGUGCUGGAGAUGGUGGCAGGAUUCGAGAGAGCGUGUGGCCAGAAACUUCCUGUGAAGCUGUGUCCUAGACGGCCAGGAGACUGUUCCGAGGUCUUUGCAUCCACAGACAAGGCGCAACAAGACCUUGAUUGGAGAGCUACACGCACUGUAGAGGACAUGUGCCGGGAUCAGUGGAAUUGGGCGCGGCAAAACCCGAUGGGGUAUGCAGCAGACGAAGAUAGUGAGGAGGGGGAGGAGAGUGGAGGAGAAAGGGGUGCAGUAAAUGGAAUUGGUUCUCUGGGGGUCUUCAAGAGCAGAGGCAUGGGGUGCCGAAAACUUCCCGCCAGCCAUCCGCUGCUCGGCGCGCUGCGCAACCCGGCGGAACACUUCGCGCGUUUCAUCCACCGUUUCAAUAAGUCGUACGCGGCGGAUCUCCGCCAGUACCGCGCGCGCCUGCGCAUCUUCCGCGCGAACCUCCUCCGCGCGGCGCAGAUCCAGUUGCAGGAUCCCUCCGCGGAGCACGGCGUGACUCCCUUCUCCGAUCUAACCCCGGAGGAAUUCUCCAAGACGCAUCUCGGCCUGCUGCCCGUUGAUUCCGCGCGAUCGGCGCGCAGCGCGCUUCUGGAGAGCCUGAAAGCGGAGGGACGGCUGGAGCGGUCCGAGCUGCCGACGGGGGACCUUCCGGAGCAUUUCGACUGGCGCGAGAAGGGCGCGGUGACGGGCGUUAAGAACCAGGGCAUGUGCGGGUCGUGCUACGCGUUCAGCGCGGUGGGCGCGUUGGAGGGCGCGCACUAUCUGGCGACGGGCAAGCUCAUCAGCCUGAGCGAGCAGCAGAUCGUCGACUGUGACCAUAACUGCGACCCCAAGCAGAAAGAAGCGUGUGACUCUGGGUGCGGCGGCGGGCUGAUGAACAACGUGUUUCGCUACAUCCAGAAGGCCGGGGGGCUGCAGACGGAGCAGGAGUAUGGAUACACGGGCAGGGAGGGGCGCUGCCAGUUUGAUGCAGGGCGGGUGGCAGCGAGGGUGGAGUCGUUUGUGGAGGUGCCUCAGAAGGACGAUCAGAUGCAGGCUCACUUGGUCAAAUACGGCCCGCUCGCAGUUGCUCUCAAUGCCAACUGGAUGCAGUCAUACGUGAAAGGCGUGUCCUGCCCUCUGCUCUGCAACCGCCACGCCCUGAACCACGGGGUGCUCAUGGUGGGGUACGGUUCACACGGGUUCUCCCCUGCCCGCCUGCGCUACAAGGACUACUGGGUGAUCAAGAACAGCUGGGGCGAGGCGUGGGGCGAGCAGGGGUACUAUAAGCUGUGCCGGGGUAAGGACGAGUGCGGGAUUGACUCUUAUGUCUCGGCGGUGGUGGCUGUGAAGCCUGAGGCAGGGGUAGCGACUGAGUAA